AUGAAGAGCUUGUUCUGGGUGCUGUCAAGGCACAUUAGAUUGCGUCAGUUCAAGACUGGAAAUUUAUUCAAGACAUUUUUCCAAAGUCUCUGGUGGCUACUGUUGGGAAUAAUCCUAUUUUGCUCUCCAGCACAUUGUUCUCUUUUUAAAAUUGGACUGCUUGGACCCUGGGACUGUGACCCCAUCUUUUCCAAAGCCUUUCCCCACGUGGCUGCCAGGUUAGCAGUAGAACGAAUAAGCAUAGAUCCUUCACUAGAUCUUGGCCACAGACUGGAUUAUGUGGUCCUCCAAGAAGAAUGUGAGACAUCAAGAGCUCUGGUUAGAUUCUUUGACUUUAGAAAGCUUUCCUCAGCUUUCAUAGGCCCUCUGAACCCUGGCUUCUGUGAGGUGGCUACUAUUUUAGGGGAAAACUGGAAUAAAGCCAUUUUCUCAUGGAUGUGCAUCAAUUAUAAACUGGAUUCCACCAUCCACCACCCUACAUUUGCAAGGACCUUGCCCUCUCCAACUCAAGUUUUGUUUACAAUAAUGAAAUAUUUCAACUGGGCUCAUGUUGGCAUCAUUGCUUCCAGCGAGGAUAUUUGGGUAGACACAGCCAACAAGUUAGCGAGUGCACUCAGGAACCAAGGGCUUCCCGUAGGAGUUGUUACAUCUAUGCGUAAAGGAGAAAAAAGCACUGAAGACGUCUGGAAUGAGAUUAAAGUAGUUGAUGGUGUUAAAAUUAUAAUCCUGUGCAUGCAUUCCGUGCUCAUUGGAGGGGAAGAACAGGCCACCUUACUCACAACAGCUUUGGAUAUGGGACUAGCAGAUGGAAGAUACGUCUUUAUUCCAUAUGACACUUUACUAUACAGUCUACCUUACCAAAACUACUCAUUCAGCGUCUUUGAUAAUGACACCAAGCUCCAGGAAGCAUAUGAUGCUGUGCUGACUAUCACACUGGAGUCUGGAGAAAGGACUUUCUAUGAUGCAUUCAGGGAAGCUAAAGAAAGUGGUGAAAUAAUCGCAGAUUUGGAAGCCACUGAGGUUUCUCCACUUUUUGGAACAAUCUAUGAUGCCAUUUACUCCAUGGCAAUGGCUGUACACAGUGCUCGGAGGAAAGGAGUCAGAAACUUAGGAGCUAACAUAGCUGAGCACACAAAAAACUUAAGUUUCCCUGGAUUUAGUUACUGGGUAGAGACAGACGAGUGUGGGAAGGGACUGAACAACUACGUGAUACUGGACACAGAAGGCCAUGGGAACCAGCUCUUCCCAACCCACUUGCUGAACAUGUCUUCAGACUCUGUGGAGUUCCUAGGCCGGACCAUGCACUUUCCCAGUGGAGCUCCACCCCUUCCAGACUCCAACUGUUGGUUUGAUCCAGAAGUUCUAUGCACUGGAGGGAUUGAGCCUACAGUCAUGAUUUUGGGAAUAAUGCUGAUGAUUGCCCUGGCGCUUUGUGCUGUGGGCCUGGCUUCUCUCAUCAGGCAUAGCAUCUUGAACAGCCAGCUAUUCAGGGGGCCUAACAAGAUAAUACUGACCUUGGAUGACCUUGUCUUCAUCAAUCCAGACCUAAAUAAAAAGAGGCUGACCUUGGACAGUCUGACUGAUGCAAACAGCAUAGCAGCUGAUGGCAGAAGCCUGAAAUCCGUAACCCGCUCCCUUUCCUCAAAAAGCACAGCUGCCACCCAUGAAACCUCCAACGUGGCUUUAUAUGAGGGAGACUGGGUGUGGCUGAAAAAAUUUGAGACGGGAGCGACUCACAGUCUGCGGCAAAGCUCCACCAGCAUCUUGAGGAAGAUGAAAGAUCUGCGUCAUGAAAAUGUGAAUCUGUUCCUGGGCUUUUUCUUUGACUGUGGCAUCUUUGCCAUAGUGACAGAGUACUGCUCCCGAGGAAGCCUGGAGGACUUGCUGAGAAAUGAAGAUAUGAAACUGGAUUGGAUGUUCAAGUCCUCUCUUGUGAUGGAUCUAAUUAAAGGAAUUAGGUAUUUGCAUCACCGAGAUUUUGCUCAUGGACGUCUCAAGUCUCGUAACUGUGUUGUAGACGGCCGGUUUGUGCUGAAGAUCACUGACUAUGGUUAUAACGAGCUCUUAGAAGCACAGAAAUACCCAUAUAUUCCACCACCCCCAGAAGAAUUGCUUUGGACAGCUCCUGAAUUACUGAGGGACCCGGACAUGUGUAGAAAAGGCACGUUCAAAGGAGAUAUUUACAGCUUUGCAAUCAUUCUACAAGAAGUGGUUGUUCGGGGUCCACCAUACUGCAUGUCAGAACUCUCAGCUGAAGAAAUUAUAAAAAAAGUGAAGAAGCCCCCUCCCCUGUGCCGCCCAAACAUAGCCCCUGAGUUGGCCCCCCUGGAGUGCAUCCAGGUAAUGAAGCAGUGCUGGGGUGAAGCCCCCGAAAGACGUCCAACCUUUGAGGAGGUAUUUCAUAAGUUCAAAACCAUUAACAAAGGGAAAAAGACCAAUAUCAUUGACUCAAUGCUCAGGAUGCUUGAGCAGUAUUCGAGCAACUUGGAAGAUUUAAUCAGGGAGCGAACUGAAGAGCUAGAGAUUGAAAAACAGAAGACAGAAAAACUACUGUCCCAAAUGCUCCCCCCAUCAGUGGCAGAAGCCCUCAAGACUGGUGGCACUGUGGAGCCAGAGUAUUUUGACCAGGUGACCAUCUACUUCAGUGACAUCGUGGGCUUCACAACCAUUUCAGCCCUCAGUGAACCCAUUGAAGUAGUUGACCUUCUCAAUGACCUUUACACACUGUUUGAUGCAGUUCUUGGAAACCAUGAUGUUUACAAGGUGGAGACAAUUGGCGAUGCCUACAUGGUUGCCUCAGGGCUCCCAAAACGAAAUGGAAACAAGCACGCAGCUGAGAUAGCCAACAUGUCCCUGGACAUCCUCAGCUCAGUGGGAUCGUUCAAAAUGAGACACAUGCCAGACAUCCCCCUCAGGAUACGAAUCGGGCUGCACACAG